AUGUCUACUCCAGUUGACACCUCUUUGACCAGCCUCAAGGAAAUCACUGCCAAGAUCAUGGCCAUCAUCACCGGCGCUUGGCAGCUUCCUCCAGGCCACAGCCAUUUUUCUCUGACAACCCAGGUCAGUACACUUGUGGCCGAUGCGAUCCAGCAAUAUGGGAGUGGUCCCUACCUUCCAGGUCUUGUGUGUUCAUGCUUGAGGGAGUUAAUUCGUGUUCAGGGCAUGACUCCUCAGGUCUGGCCCAACUGGCACAGCAAGGUUCUUGCUUGGGAGGAGUUAGGUGAUCACACCUUUGAUCUCCCAGUCGUGUCCGGUCCUUCAGUAGGUCCAAUUCCUGUGGAUCUUCCACCCUCGCCUGUCAUCGCCAGGCCUUCUACCAACCCUGCCUCCGAGUCCUGGGAGAAGGGAAAAGGUAAGGCAGUUGUCCCGGACCCAGAACCAGAAUUGGAAGGAAGUCGGAAGAGGAAGUCUCCAAUGAUUCUGGCACUUCCCUCCCAACCCCCAAAGUCCGCUAUGAAGACUCGGAAGCGGGCGAAGACCACCGGCCUUGCCAAAUUCAAGGUGUUUGUUGAGUUAGAAGAUGAGGAGGACUUGGUCACUCAGCCGAUUUCAUGUGGGGUUCCAGAGGUCGUCCUCCCCCGGCUCUCCCCAGAUGUUGCAAGGACGUCCGGAUCACCUCGGUCACCCUGGAGCCCAAAGAAGAAACCCUUUGGGCCUGCUACAGCAAUUGCUGGCAAACGUCCGGAGGUCAUCGAGCCCCCUCAGGCAACUCCCGAACCUCCAGUAGAGGUGCCCCCAGUCAUUGAUGCAGGUGAUAUACUCAUUCCCGGACCCAGGACCGGCGCCCCAUGCAUGUCCUGCAUCUACUGCACCACCAAGAAGAUCAAGUGCAUCUCCAUGAGUAUGGGAACCCCGCUGAAACACGUUCGAGGUCAAUCCGUCACCUGGACCACCAGGAGGACCAGAUCCAGGACCCCUUCCAAAGCUCCCUCCAAAGCUCCAGCUGCCUUGCAAACCACCGGCCGGACGCGGAGUCAAUCUCGGGUCUCUUCCGUCACUCCCGGUCCAUCUGGUGCCCAAACACCAAAGGUGCAAACACAUGGUCACAGCAAGACUGUCACUGCUGCCAAGGAACCUACACCUGCACCAGCUCUCCCAUCUUUGACUUCCGGAGUUCCUCGUUCGGCACUCGAUCUCGAGGAGCGUGUUGUUGAGCAGGAUGCUAAGAUUGACACCCUGCAAUGCCUUCAACACAAAAUCAUCCUCCGGCACCCAACAUUUCCACUUCCGGACGCCCAAGGUGAUGCAACAUCAUUUUUGCUUCAUCAACCUGUCCCUCCGGCCAUGUCAACCCCCGCAUCUGCACUUCCUCCUCUCAUUGACCUGUCUAUGGAAGGGAUGGAGCCCAACCCCCCCAACCUCCAGGAUGAGUCUGCCAUUGACAGACUCAUAUUUGAGCUCAACCAAAUUCAUCCUGAGGUUUCACAGAUGCCCGGCGAAAUUGUGAAACCAGAUGAUCCAGGCAAUCUUUUCCCAGAGUAUGAUUCAGUUGAAGAGAUGGAUGUUCAAGUGAAGGGUGAACCUUCUGGUGAGGAUGUUGACAUGACUACAUAA